AUGAGGAUCCUCGCAUCCAAUGAGCUACAAAAGGCAUCUUUGCCACCUCAUUCUCAAGCUUCAACGCCUCCGGCCAGUCCGUCCAUUGCCACACAAGAGGAGCUUUCAGUAUACACACAAGCCGAAAUGUCAAUGUCUCCUACGGCUUUCGCAGAGUUCUGUUCGCAGAUUCCUAUGGUCAUUGCCAUGGAACGCCAUGCAGACAUAUUUGAUAUCAGUGCUGGCACUGACGUAACUCGUUACUUUGACGGUACAGCAGAGCUGGACAUAUCCGCGAACCCAGCUGCAAUACGUUUUCUUUAUGCAUUCGAAGUUGGCCUCCAGUCUGGAGACCCAAAGCAUCAUUUAAACGAAACAGCAAACACAGCUUCGGGUGUCAUGAAUGAAUACAUUCUUUUUGAGAAACCAUAUAUUGUUCCCAACACCAGUGUGUAUCGCUGUCGGUUUCGCCUUGCAAUUUGUUCGUACCUCUUCCCCCGUCAUGGCCAACUCGGCUUCUUUCAAGUACGAGUCGCUGCCAUAUUUGCUGUUCCUGAUCAGGGUGGUCCGGGAGUCAUGUCAAUCGAUCCUGCCAAGGCAACAUCUGCCAACAACACCUCGCGAACGUUCGGCACUGCUUUCGUUACGAACCUUGCCUUGCUAGCUAUACAAGUCGGAGGGAAACGAUCAGCUGAAUUGCCGAGUGGUCCGUGGAAAUGGUUGCCAGCAGUGAUAUUUGCCCCCGCGGAAGACAUAAUACGAAAGAAUGGGCUUGAUGCGUAUUUAUUUGUUCGAUUUUUGAAGCUUAUGAUAUGGGUGUUUGGAGCCUUUACUCUAAUAUCCUGGCCCAUUUUGCUACCAAUCAACUCGGUAAACAUGCCUGGUGGAGGCAAGGAUGGGCUACUGAGGCUUUCGUGGUCCAACAUUACCGAAGGCGAACAUAGACGACGUAUAGCACACGUGGUCCUUGUGUAUAUCAUGACAUGUAAGCUUUCCUUUUAUUAUCGCGAGUGUGUAUCCUCUGAGGGAGAUUGGUCUGCCCCAGUUUUCGUAUUUUACUUGAUCAGGCGCGAGUUGCUCAUAUUUGUGCACGCACGACACCAAUUCUUAACCUCAAGAUCGCACUCUCACCACGCGCAAGCAAAGACUGUACUCGUUACAUCUAUGCCAGACGAACUAUGUGAGGAUAAAGCUCUCCGUCAGUUUUGUGCGUUUGUACCAGGCGGAAUUAACAGGAUUUGGAUUUAUCGGGACCAACCUGAUUUACCCAAAUUAUACAACGACCGCCUGGAGGUUUGUCAACGGCUGGAGAAGGCUAUAGUAAAAUACAUGCGGGCAGUAACUAAAGCAUGGGGCAAGCACCUCAAAGCCGAAAAGGCCAAGGCCAAGGCCCAGGGAAAAUCCGGAAAGGAUAUAGAAGCGACACAAGAUAACCAAGGAAUUCCAGAUAGCUACCCCUUGACCCGACUGUCCACUGUGCGUGCAUCAUUACUUAAUCAACCCUUACCUCCCACUCCUCGGCAUUCUGGACAAGGAUCUAGGUCUCAGCUAUUGCAGCCUGCCGAGCCCGAGACUCGUAUAGCAAUGGACAUGGUUCCUCGCCCCACACAUCAUCUCGGCUGGAUUCCCUUUGUCGGACAAAAGGUGGACACGUUCGAUUGGUGCAAGACGGAGAUAGCCCGCCUGAACGAUGAGAUCAACGAGAAGCGAAAGGAUUACCGGAAUGUAAGCCCCAUGGAAGUGCAUUUAUCCAGUGCAAUCUCCAAAUGGGUGCCCAUGUCUUGGCCAAUGCUUGCACCUGAUGAUAUUAUUUGGGAUAACAUCGACGACGGAGCUUACGAGGUUCGAUCGCGUUACGUCUUGUCCUGGCUUCUGACAUUCGCCGUGAUUGCUUUGUGGUUUAUCCCAACAACAUUUGCGGGUUUUCUAUCAACGUUGAUCAACUAUGUGCCAAGGCCAAGUGGUUGGAAUGGGUUUGUCGCUCCAUGGAUUUUGACUAUAACGCUCGCUUCCGGAAUCAUCUCGACAAUCGUACCUAUCCUAGAGCAGCCAUCCAAAGCUGUAGAACUACUGGCGACAAACCUGCCAAACGCAUCUAUAUUCUUUCUUACUUAUAUUGUGGCCAACGGUCUGGCCGGUAGUGCGUCCGCGCUCGCUCAGUGGGCCUUUGGUCAUCCACGUCGUGAAGAAAUACCUAUUCGGAAGCACACCUAG